CUUAGAUAUCCUUUAGUGAUCAUGUCUUGAAAUUUGGCGUGAGAUGAGUUUUUGAUAAGGAUGGAGGCGUCAGACGACUUUGAAUUGGAAAAGGCUGCUUUGAGUCCUCGCGCAUCGUCGGCGUGUACAGUCUCGACAUCCACGUCGCCUCAGCAAGAAAUUGGAGCGAAAACGAAAAGCAGCCACAGUCUUUCUGCUAGUACGCUAACAGAUGGUGGACAUGAUGCUGCAGCAAGAACCAGGUGUGACAAGAUGCAGCUGCUGGAGGGGAGGAGACCAAAUACGGGUCUGGUGAUGGAAAGCAAGCUUGCUGAGGAGGGAAGGGGAAAUGUUGCUUCUAGUAUGACGAUUGGAAACAUGCAGACGACCCAGACCGUACCGUCAACCCGCGCGGCGCACGAAAAGUCACCCGUCAAGGCUACAGAAGUACGUCUGACCGAAAAAACUAAUCUCCUUCCGAGGGAAAGCACGGCAUCGGAAAAAGGCGUGGGGCCAUCCGCCUCGAAUACAGGACGCGGAGAUACAAUGAUACGCGCGAAGAGCAGAUCCUGCGUCGCUGCUUCACACAAGGCAAGCGCCGCAAUUCCGGAGCUGAAGACUGGUG